GGCAAAGGCUGGGCACCGUGUGAUACAGACACACAUCACAGAGAUUCCUCAGACCCUGUCAGGCACAGUGAAAAGAUCACAUCAGCGUGCCUUCAAAGAUGGCGGUCUGUCCUGUCAGCCCAACUCCAAAUAUCAGCAUUCAUCCAACAUUAAACCAAGCAGGAAAUAUGAGCUCUUUGAGCAUAUUCACCAUCACCCUCCACGGCUUGUUCUCCUCCAUCGGCAUCCUAGAAAACCUCCUCAUCGUGGGGGUAGUGGGCUUCCAUGUCCGCCGCUCUGUCAUUAGCAUCUGGAUCCUGAACCUCGCAGCCUCAGACCUGUUGGCCACUGCCUCCCUGCCCUUCUUCACCCUCUACAUGGCCCGCGGAAAUACCUGGACCUUGGGCUUAACCUUCUGCCGCAUCCAUUCCUCCAUCUUCUUUCUCAACAUGUUUGUCAGUGGCUUCCUGCUAGCGGCCAUUUCUAUGGACCGCUGCCUGGUGGUGCUAAGACCCGUCUGGGCCCAGAACUACAGGAACGUCCAACUAGUGGGGAGGAUAUGUGGGGUGAUCUGGGCCUUGGCCGUGGUCUUCACCAUCCCCUUCUACAUAUUCCGUGACACCAUUCAUCUAUCUGACGGCAAGAUCCUCUGUUACUACAAUUAUGCUCGACUCCUCCCUGCUGAACCAUUUGACCUGAAAUCUUUAUGCAAACAGCGCAAAGAGGCCUUAGCCUUCUUGAAACUCUUUCUGUCCUUCCUAAUCCCUCUAGUGAUUAUCAUUGUCAGCUAUGCCGCCGUCAACACCGGCUUGGCACGCAGAGGCUAUCGGCGCCCUUUCCGCUUUGUUCGGCUCGUAGUGGCCGUGGUGGUGAGUUUUGUUCUCUGCUGGGCUCCAUACCACUUAUUAAUGAUCAUAGAGGUGACAGCUCCCAAGGGGCAUCAUGCCGGAAAAUUGGCAACCAAUUACCUCCCGAUGGCAACAACCAUUAGCUUCCUAAACAGUGUCCUUAACCCCAUUCUGUACGUGUUCAGCUGCCCUGACCUGUGCAAGAAGAUCAGACAUUCUCUGGGUGCAGUGAUGGAGGGUGUCCUGGCUGAGGAUCUGGCAGAUUUUGCCCGACGCCGCAGCGCCGCUCACAAGUCUGUCUCAACCUCAGAGAUGGUGUCGAAGCCGAAGAAUAUUGCUAACCCUUAUAAGGAUUGAACGAAAACUUACUGCAAUAAUGGCCAGGCUUUUGUUUUCUUCUUUGCCUAGUAUCAGUACAUUCAAGCAUCCAACACUCACCUCCUGCAGCUUUCUUUAGGCCUGUUUUAAAGCAACCAUCAUGACAAAUGAUUAAUUGCACUUGUGUUCAUCCCCCCAAUGACAUAUCUACAGGGCUGCUGUGAAAAGGGUCUACUGAAGG